GUCUGAACGCCUGCGAAAGGAAAUCCUACCUCUUCCUACGUAAUGAAUUACCAGUUAGGUUGGCGAACAUAAUGAAGGAGAUAGCCCUGCUGCCGGAGAACUUAUUACGAAUGCCGUCAGUUGGUCUCGUGAACCAGUGGUACGAGAGGUCCUUCGAGGAGAUCAUUGAGUUUGAGAAGAAGGAACCCGAACCUCCAGUUCUUAGCGAAUUCUGCGAGCGUUUGGUCCUUAUACGUAAUCGUCAUUCAGACGUGGUUCAAACGAUGGCCCAAGGAGUGUUGGAGCUCAAGGAAUCCCACGAAGUCGAUCCCGGGAUUGAGAACUCGAUACAAUACUUCCUGGACAGAUUCUAUAUGAGUCGGAUAUCCAUACGGAUGUUGAUCAACCAGCACACCCUACUGUUCGGUGAGAACGAGCUGGGUGCUCGUCAGGCUUCCGUAAAUGGUAUAGGUAACGGCGGUAGACACAUCGGUUCAAUAGACCCCGCGUGUGACGUCAUCGCCGUUGUCAAAGACGCCUACGAGAACGCCCGCUUCCUCUGCGACCGGUACUACCUCGCGUCACCGGAAUUAGAACUCUUGCAGCACGGCUCGAGGGAGACUCACCCGCUGCCAGUAGUGUACGUGCCAUCUCACCUCUACCACAUGCUGUUCGAGCUAUUCAAGAAUUCGAUGAGAGCGGUUAUGGAAACUCACGAAAAUAACCCGCCGCCCAUACAGGUCAACAUAGUACAGGGACGAGAGGAUAUAUCGGUCAAGAUGUCAGAUCGCGGAGGCGGUAUUCCUCGCAGCGUGUCGGACCUCCUGUUCAAGUACAUGUACAGCACGGCGCCGCAACCAUCGCGCUCCGACUCGCAGACCGUGCCGCUGGCUGGUUACGGUUACGGUCUGCCGAUAUCUCGUCUGUACGCGCGAUACUUCCACGGCGACCUGGUGUUGAUGUCAUGUGAGGGAUACGGAACAGAUGCGAUCAUAUAUCUGAAGGCUCUAACGAACGAAGCGAACGAGCUGCUGCCAAUCUUCAAUAGGACUUCCAGCAAGUUCUAUAGGACUUCGCCCUCACCCGCCGACUGGUCCGGCCCGGCGCCCUACAGGCCCAAAGACAAGCCAAACUUACAACACAAACAAUAA